AUGGUUGCACCUCCAGGUGCUGUUCCUCAGUCUUCAGACCCUCGCCUCUUCCGCGGCAUCUGCCGUCCGCAUGUGGCGUGCCGCGCCCUCGGCACCAUCAAGGCGAUUACUAUGUAUGGUAGGCUGGCUGUGUCCGCCGCGUCGCCGUCAGUUCGAAUCUCGCCGUUCAGGCCUUUCGACGUGCACGCACGCCCCGACAGGCGGGAGACACCACGCAGUCCUCCUAGCUCAUCAGUGCCCCACCCGAUGGUUGCACCUCCAGGUGCUGUUCCUCAGUCUUCAGACCCUCGCCUCUUCCGCGGCAUCUGCCGUCCGCAUGUGGCGUGCCGCGCCCUCGGCACCAUCAAGGCGAUUACUAUGUAUGGUAGGCUGGCUGUGUCCGCCGCGUCGCCGUCAGCUCGAAACUCACUGUUCGGGCGCACGUACGCCCGCAAACUUUCGUUCCAGAGCAAUCGUCAUCGAAAAGGAGACCUGUGA